AUGAACUCUCACUCCCCCUCUCUCUCCCCUUUCUUUCCCUCUAUCUCUUGUCUCUCCUCUCCUCUUCUCUCCUUCCCUCUCCUUUUAGCUCCUUCUCUCCCUUUCUUCUUCUUUUUCCCUCUCUACCCUCUCUCCCUCUCUACCCUCUCUUCCUCUCCCUCUACCUGCCCCACACUCUCUUCCCAAUCUCUCUCGCCUGUUUCUCCUCUCCUUCACCUUCUUACCUUCUCUCUCUUAGCCUUCUCUUCUUCUUCUUCUCUCUCUCCUUCUCCUUUUUCUCUCUCCCUCUCUCUCUUCCUCUAUCUGUCCCCACACUCUCUUCCCAAUCUCUCUCCUCUCCUUCACCUUUUCAACUUCUCUCUCUUAGCCUUCUCUUCUUCUCUCUCUCGUUCCCCUUCUCUCCGCCUCUCUCUCUCCCUCUCUUUCUCCCUCCCUCUCUCUCGCUUUUGCCUCCCUCUCCUCCUCUCCCAUCUCUCUCCUUUUCUCUCUCCCCCACUCUCUCUCUCCCUUCUCUCUCUCUCUCUUUCCCUGUCUCGCUGUCUCUCCCCCUCUCUCCCCCACUUCCCGUGUUUCCCAGUCCUGGAUGGUUAUGGUCCCUCCUCACAUGCCAGCAAUUUACACAUUAUUAGUUACUCGCCUUUGUUACACAUUUCCUAG